UUAUUUACUGCAACACCGGGUGACGGCUAGACGCCAUGUUACACACAGUACAGUGUGUGUUCGUAGAUAAGGAAAUAUAAUAGCCGCCCAGUAAGGUUUGGUUUAUUGUAAUUGACAGAUCGUCUUUCAAAUACCAACCAGUUUUCAAAUGGCGUAGUACUUCUGUAUCCUGCUAAAAUUGUCUUGAACAGCCACUUACACAUCUGUCAAAAUGGUUUCAUUACAAGCACUGCGCAAAGACAAAAAUGGAUUAUAUUUAUUCAGCUUUAUUAUCUUUGUUUAUUUUGGAAUUAUGGAUAUAAUUUUGUACAUCACACUUCAAAAGUCUGUUCUAAAUGAGAAGAAAAACGGCAGUUUUUCCCCUUUCCGGCCACUUACAGUGAAACUGUUAAUGACAGAUCCUGUUGAUCACUACAUUCUCUCUCCUGUUGCUGAAUACUUUGAUGAAAUCACACAAUUCAGUCAUGUCUUUUACUUUAUUACCCCAAAUAUGAUUAGUUUUUCCCACGUUUUCAUUGCUAUUAUUGCUGGCAAGCUGAUAGCUUCGGACUCUCUCUAUAACCGUCGAAUGGGUGUUCUUAUCUACCAGUUUCGUUGCUUCCUUGAUGCCUUUGAUGGUGUUGUCUAUAGAGCACAUGUUGGUGCUGGCCAUAUCUACAAAUCUCACCGUUCAUCGUUAGGUUACCUGGUGGAUUCUGUCUGUGAUAUAAGCGGUGGUACUGCUUUGUGUAUAGGAAUGGCUGUCUAUGUCUGUAGAUACCCACCUUUGAAAAAUCAGCAGGAUAUAUUACCAUGGACAAAACCCGUUGAAAACGGGACUGGAAAUACUAAAAAAAAUGGUCAUGUAAGCAGUUGGAUGGCCUUUUGGAGAACUUUCAGUUUUGGCAUGCUGCUUGCAAUAUCUGCAUUUUCAUGGGACAAAACUGUUGAAAGGUUCUCAGGUGUUCUUCAAGUGCCUAUUUCAGAUGCUCAGGACAAAGUACAUCAGACCGAGGCAUUGCAUUUAACCAGUACCUGGUGCAUUAUCUGGCUGUGGAGGAUUGUUGAUGGACAAGCACUCAUGCAGAUGGUGCUAAUUGCAGUUUUUAUAGAUAAAAUUUGGGAAUUUUUGACAUUCAUGCUUUACGUGGGCUGGGCUGUACUCAUAGGGAUGCUCAUUCUGAGUGAAAUUCAAAUUCGAUAUCUCCGUGAAAAGGUUCGAAUAUAGAAGCUGAUGUAGGAAAACCAAUCUCCAGACUGUUGAGGGCAGGAAUCUGUCUCUUUAUACACUCUCCACCUGAACCAUUUCCCAGAAGCAUGUCUUUAAAAAAAACCCCAAAAGAAACACUGCUUUCUCUAUGCCAUCAUUAUUUUUUUGUUUUUCUUUUUUUUUUGUUGUUUUGUUUUGUUUCUAAAAGAUAAGGAAGUAUUAUGCUAACCUAGCUUUAUCUGCAUGGCUAAAUACAAAAGCAGUCUAGGUUGACAUAUUUAUUUUUCCUUGAAUAAUGAUGUAGUAUUAUAAAAUCUUCAUUGUACUUGUUAGCAUCAAUUUAUCACCCUUUAAUUCUAUCCUAAAUUUUUUUUCUUUGUUGCUGCAACAGUUAUAAAAUAUGUUGUAUUAUAUGCUAUAAUUGGUUUCUUUGAAUGUUACCAAGGUUCAUCAAAGUCCUUUUGUUAUUUAAUGUUUUUUUUUGGGUGGGGGGCGGUUGAGAGGUGUGUGUUCAUUUUUUCCUUUUUUUAAAUAUAUUUUGGGGAGAAGAGAUUUCACAGUGUAAAUUGAUAUUUAAUUGCUGGCUAUGAUUGUGGUUUUGGGGCUUAUUUGACAUUGAUGUUCAUUGAGGUGAGAGCGAAGGUAGUGCAGUGCUAAGAAGGGAAAUAGAUGGUAUAGGGAACAAGAAAGGAGAUGGUUGAGAAGGAAGGGAAGAAAUAUAAUUUAAGAUUAUAAAGCCAAAUUAAACGAACUUGACCUACUUACCUCUCUGCCUCUUCUGCUCAGUAUAUGUCCUGCUCUCUUUUAUAAAUAAUGCGUUAUAUAUGGUUUAGUAAACAUAGAAAAUGAAAGCAAACGAAGAAAAUUUGUUGAUUUGUCCCUUUCACCAAAAUUGGGUUCUGAAAUAUCUUCUUUCACCGUCAUAGUAUUUCAUGUGAAGAAUGACACCUCAAUAGUUCCUUAUUGGUGGCAGUAUGAUGAAUUAAUUUGCAUACCUUUACAGUCUCAAUUCAAAUUCCACCAGGGUCAACUUUGCCUUUUGCCCUUUUGGUGUGUAUAAAAUAAGUACUGUUUGAGUACUGGGGUUGGCUAUACCCAAACCCCAAAUUUGAGGCUUUCUGCAAAAGUUAGAAAUCACUGAGAAAAUAAUUCGGCCUGGUCUUAGCAAGAUACAAAUAUCAGCUACUCUCUUAAUACUAGACAUCCCUAAAACAGUUUUUAUUUUAUUAAUUAAUUUUGUUUUCUAGUGUGUGUGUUUGUAAAUCACCAAAUUAAUGUUAAUUCUGCUGACUGAAACAAUCUCUUCAUGUGCUUCCAAAAAUCAAGACUAUUUUUCAGCAAACCUGAAGCUCUUCAUUAAACCACUUAUUUUACUUCCCAUUUUGUACUGACCAAAACCCAGUACUAUCCUCACCUCUUUAUCAUGUAUUUUCCCUGCUAUUUCAAACUUUUGUUAUUUUCUUCAGUUUGUGUUAGGUACAACAUUCACCACCACUACUACUACUACUACUUACAGAUAAGCUACAAAUUCUAUUUUUUGAGAGCAACUGAUUUGAUAACUCUCUACCUUUUAAGCUUUCUAUCUGUACAAGCUAAGUCUCUGGUUCCAAGACAUGUUCUUCACUAAUGUGGACAAGUAGCUAUCAACUCAUCUGGACAUGUAAAAAUUAUGCUAGGUCAGAAUAUCAGU